AUGCGCGCAAGCAUCGGAUCGUUGAACAAAGACGCUGGCACGGCACUUCACAUCUCCGCCUGGAACGGGGACCACGCCAUGUCUCACAUGCUGAUACGCGCCCGCGCACGCGUCGAUGCGGUGAACAAACUCGGAUACACGCCGCUGACGGCGAGUGCGAGAUUUGGGCACGUCAUGGUGACGGUGGUGCUGCUGAUGGAGAGGGCAAACGUGAACCACCGCCUGCUCUCUGGCGAUACACCUCUGUUCAAAGCGGCCGAAGUUGGAAGCCUUGAGACGGUCAAUGUGCUUCUCAGAGCCAAGGCGAACCCGAUGCUGAGCCGGGAGAAGGAUGGCCAUUUCGAGGCCAUGACCAUCCUGCUAGAUGCCGGGGUGGUGGACAGCGGCGAGGCUCUCUGUGUCAUUUGUAAAUUUGGUUGCGAGGAAGCCGUAAAAAUGCUGACGGAGCGACGCGCGGGUGACAUGGAAAAGUACGCGCGAUGUAGGGCGUACGCCGGCAACAGUCAGGGGAUCAGCCCGACAACAUGCCUUUUCCACCCGAACUCAUUGAGGCCUUCGUCACGCAGAGUCAUGAGGCGUUUGCUUGACGCCAGAGCGGAAAUGGAAACCUAUGGUCCGAUUGCUCGGUGCAGAGGCAACCAGCUGGUGGUGUUUCAAGACCUCGAGCAGUACGCGGACUAUCUCAUCGACGAGGUUGAAUGCACAGGAGGCAACGGUAGCGACGCCUCUCUACACGGGCUGAAAGGCUUGCGCUCUCUGUUGUUUCAAGAGGAGGCGGUUCAUGCGGUCUCUUGGCUAUGGGGCUUGGUCCCAGGGAUCAACACCAAGACCGAGAUAUUUUCGACGACGCCCAUUCGCUGGAAGAGGACAACGCAGCCGCGUGUGCUCUCGGCGGCGCUCACCAGGGUUGAGUAGACUUUUGUAUACAAUUUAUGGAGGGAGAGAGACAUGAUCGAUCCCACUUCUUCCGCUCAUUGUUCCGAUUUGUUCGCCGCCGAAGCAGGCGAUAGAUGGAGCUCGGUCGCGUUGUCGCGCGAGAGUUACAGCAUUACGCAUCUACGUGAUGGUAGAUCAUUGGCACCAAUGUCAACGUUGCGCUUGUAGAUUUCACGGGGCCCCAUGCAUCUCCAUACACACCACCAAACUUCCAGCUGCGAACCCCAGUUUAUUUUUUUUCAGCCGGUGC